UUUAAAUCAUAUAUAGAAUAAAAUAUGUUAGUAUUUAGAGAAGGGGAGGGAGAUAAAUCAGCUUUCAGAGUUCUUCUUUUGCUCAAUAUAUUGUCGUCCUAAAGCGUUCUCGAUCAAGUCUUUCAGGCGGCUUUUAUUUGGGUGAUAUGAGGUUGUCAUGUACUCUUAUGCAAAAGGGCCUACUGGUUACUGAUGCCACUUAUUGGUGGCUUCCAAUGGGUCAUUGCCACUAUUCUCGUUGUGUUUGGUAUUGGAGGAUGGUAUUUUGCCAAGUAAAUCUGUAGAGAAACAGAGUGAGGCAAGGAUUUGUUACCCGCGUUUGUACAUCUAUAAAUGAGCUCAAGGAAGUGCAUUGAUUGGCUUUUCAGUAUGCAAUUUUCUUUUUCUUUCUUAUCUCAACCUGUCUUGAAACCUUGACCUAUGGCUUGAAAUUUGAGACCCAAAGCCACUAAGACAAUCUGCCUUUCCUUUCAUUAGAAAGUACAGUUAAUAGAGACCACGGGUAACAAUCUCUGGGAAUGGCUUUGGCUAGCACCAAUCUCAAAUCCCUGAAGCUCACACUUCUUGUGAUUCUCAAACACGAUGCAUGGCAUCAAGCGGAAUUAUAAAGAAAAUGGGAAGUAAUGGUGGUGAUGAAGUUAUGGUUUCUGGGAGCACUGAGGCCACAGUUGAGAUAAAGAUUAAAACAUUGGAUUCUCAAACUUACACUUUGCGAGUGGAUAAAUGUGUGCCUGUUCCAGCAUUGAAGGAACAAAUUGCUACAGUUACUGGUGUUUUGUCUGAGCAACAGCGCCUAAUAUGCCGUGGAAAAGUUCUGAAGGAUGAUCAGCUCCUUUCCGCAUACCAUGUUGAAGAUGGUCAUACUUUGCACCUGGUUGUGAGACAACCAAUUCCCUUAUCAUCAGAGAGCUUGCCUAAUCAUUCAGCUACUGAUCCAGCAUCCAGUACUGGUCCUGGUGAAGGCAAUCAAGCUGGUCCCAGCGUAGUAGUAGGAACUUUCAAUAUAUCUGAACAAGGAGAUGGUGUUUUUCCAGAUCUUGAUCGGGUUCUUUCAGCAGUUCUUGGUUCCCUUGGAAUAACAAAUGUUGGAAUUGGCAGUGAAGGAGCUGAUACUAGAGAACCUGCACCAGAAAGGCUUUCAAGAACAUCUGGUCUUGGUGGCUUGGGAAAUUCCAGUAGACAGCAACCUGAUUUGGCUGCUACAAUGGGUCAAUCUAAUCCACAUGAUGGUGCUUCUACUCUUGGAACUGCUGUUCCUUUGGGACAUCUACAACCACCAGUGAUUCCUGAUUCUUUGACAACUUUGUCCCAGUAUUUGCGUAGGAUGAAGCAUGAAUUUAGUUCCAGUGUCAGAGGCCAGAGUUCUCAUGCUCCUGGUACUAAUGGUAAUGGUGGGCAAGAGUCGGAUGCUGGCUUGCUUUCAGCUACUGGACGGGGAGGGCUCCCUACACCAGCAUCCUUGGCAGAAGUGAUGCUAUCUACAAGACAGAUACUCCUUGAACAAGCUGGAGAAUGCCUAUCUCAACUUACGAGACAACUGGAGGAACAUACAAAUGUGACUGAUCCGAUUGCACGAAUGAACAUUCAAUCCAAUGCUGCAAGAACAGGUGUUCUUUUGCAAAAUUUAGGUGCUUUGCUUCUUGAGCUUGGUCGCACAACCAUGACAUUGCGGAUGGGCCAAACACCGGUUGAUGCUGUGGUUAACGCUGGACCUGCUGUCUUUAUAUCCACAUCUGGUCCCAACCCCAUAAUGGUUCAGCCACUUCCUUUUCAACCGGGAACAAGCUUUGGGGCAAUUCCUGUGGGAAAUGUACAAUCUGGCUCUGGAUUUUCUGGUGGAUCUCUAGGUUCUGGUCUUCUUUCAAGGAAUAUUGAUAUCAGAAUACGUACAGGUUCAUUAAUGCCCUCAGCCGCUGUUAGCCAAAUGGAACAGAGUGGCGCACAGCCAUCUCCAGGGCAAAGCAACCAAGCAACUUCUGGUGGUGGAAAUUCUGUUCGUCUAGCUUCCACUGGAGCUUCUGGAAGUCCAUCAUCCACCAGGGAGUCUGAAGUACGGGUAGUUCCCAUAAGAAGGACUUUGGUUGCAGCAAUUCCUGCUGCUGUCAGACCCUCACCUUCUGAUUUAUCUCGUGGCUCUGUGGGGUUAUUAUAUCCGAUUCUAGCAAAUGUUCAACAUGUAACUACUGCAAAUUUAAAUAGUGCUAGAGGUCCUCAAGCGUCUAAUGAACAUCACUCUGGUGGUGCUAGAGGUCCUCAAGCGUCUAAUGAACAUCAGUCUGGGCAUCUGCCAAUUCCUGAUUCUGCAGGACAACAACAGAGUGGAUUGCCUAGAAUGGAUGGCGGUGGGACGCAAAACGUUGAGGGCUUUUCCACACAGUUUCACAGUGGACUUGAUCAGUUUCUGAGUACUAUAUUUCCUGGUGAGCAUAUGGAUGUUGGUAGUAACAAUUUUCAGGGGAUGGAUGCGGUAUCUGCUAGAGGGGUUGGGGGAAUGACUCAAGAUGCUGCAAAUACUCAGGAGGCAGCAUCCAGACUGAAUGAUGAAGGAACUUUCUUGUCUAAUGUACUACGUCAGAUCAUGCCCAUUAUAUCUCAAAGCUCAGCCACUGGAUCAAAUAAUGCACCUGAAGAGGGAGCUGGUGAUAUUGAGGCACAGGAGAACUUGGAUAUAGGAACUUCAUCACGUCGGCGGGGUGACCCUUCAUCCCCACCAAUCUCAAAACGUCAAAAGAGGGAGUGAUUCAUCUCAAGAAUCUCACAGUAAUGUUCCCAGUAAGACACUGCUACGACGCCUUUGCUGAAAGUGAUGUAUGGACCUGUAUAAUGAGGUUGGAUUAUGAACAUUCAGUUGGCGGCUGCAGCAGUUCACAUUGUGAAGCAAGUGCUAGAUAAGACAAAAUAUAUAUAGUUCUUUUUCCUUUACAUUCUCCAGUUUUUGUUCCUUAUGUUUAAUUUAUUAGACAUUGUUUGUGCAAGUCCUUGGCACACUGAAAGCCAUAUGUAACAUUUCAAGCAAGACCGGCUAAAUUAUUUCGUAGGAGCUGGUAAUAGACACUCUUUUUUUUGGCACUUGCUUUCUCAGCUUCGGCUCUUCACCAUUUGUUCAAGUUCGAGAAAGACAGAGGCUCAGAAAGUCAAAAUUCAAACUUUGAGGCUUUAUCUAUAAUUUGUACAGGCAACAUGUAAUAUGACAGAUUAUGCCAUUGAGAGCUCCAGACUACUUGUUAUGGUGGCACUAUAUUUAGCAUUUAUAUAGCAUAAAUACUCCCCGAUA